GAAUACAGCGUGCGCUGUCCAACAUGCUUGUAAAUGUUGGCGAUUGUUUAAGUGUGCGUAAAGUGUCGGAUUAAUCUGAACGGAUAUGCCAGCGUUUUUAGCCACGUAUGGCGGACUAAUCGGCGGCUCAUUUAUCGGGAUUGCGGUGAUCGCUCUCUUUGCCGUUCUCGCCAAAUUAUACUUUGCCCAGCAGAAUCUCGGCACCAGUCUCAACUCCAUCAGCGGUCCCAAUGGGGGCGCUGAGCUUACCAAUGCCCGCACGGAAGCAGCUAACGCUCAGGCGGCGCUGGAUCGUCUGCGCGCCAGUCUGGGCGCCACGGAACAGAACAACCGGCUGCUCAAUGACCAGAUUGACGCCUCACAGUCACAGUUGUCCGGAUUGAAUGACGAGCGCAAGAAUCUGGAGGACCAGUUGGCGGAGGCGGGCAAGGAUAAGAAGAAGAAAAAGAAGGGCAAAACCAAAGGUAAAAGCGAGCGACGGAAGAAGCUGGAAGCAGACUUGGAGGUGGCCCGCUCCAAGCUGGCCACCAAUAUGCAGUUGUUGGAACAAAUGGAGUCGCAGCAGGAUUUGACACUGCAGAUGGCUAAAUCGUCGCUGGAGAGGGUGCAGCUGCAGGAUGGCGGGGCUAAAGCGGAAACGGAGCAGUUGAAAAAGGAUAUCGCUGCGUUAAACGUCACGAUCCAAGAACUGGUGGAAGAGACCCGUAAAAAGUCCGUGGAGACUCCUGGCGCAGCGGGUGAUGCCGGAAUUAACGCCAUAGAAGAGGAAGUAGAUGAGGAGAGCGACGACGAUGGAUGUUGCAGCUGUUGUAGUUGUUGUAAGAAGAAGGGAGCAAAGACAAGCACGGCCGGCAAAUCGGGACAUACGAAGCGCGGCAGCAAACUUACCGGUGUCAAUGCCCAUGCCACGGCAAAAGUAGAAGCCGUACCACCACCGGCCGAUGGGACAGCCCUACCGGCAGCUGGCGAUGCACCACCUCCUGUCAUUGAAGUGACGCCACCAGCGUAGAAAUGCCUAAUCUUUAUUUGGGUUUUGAUUGUUUAGCCUUUACGGUGCAGUGCAAGUUGUUCUAAUUCUUUUAAAACACAAUUUUUAUUGGAACUUCUAUCUCUUAAUUCUGUGGUAAUUCCUUUAGGCCAGCUGAAGGCACAGAAACGGUUUGGUUUGAUUGUUUUAAUCAGCAUAGCGGAUCUGUACGACUAUGGCACGUGUGUCGCAUUAGAGUUUCGUUCCUUUCAGUACCGGAAUUUUCUCAUUUUGUAGCACUUCUGCGGUUAAUAAGAAUGCUCAAAAAAAUUUUACU